AAAUACGUGUCGCAGAAAUAGGAAAACUUAUUGUUUACGUCACGGACGCGUCACCAAAAAAAUUUAGUUAAAUAUCUUCUAGUGGUGUUCUGUUGUGGCAGGUUUAAAGAAAAAUCAUGGAAAUAGUUCAGGAAAUAACCAGGCAAUAUUUUCUAUGUAUUCCUGUAGCCCUAGUGAUACUAGGAGCUAUAUUAUUGUUUACUUUUGGUUUCAAAUCCCCGAAGCAACCCUCCUUUGAAAAAUUCACCCUAGAUGAUAGAAAAUCAGCUGGAAAGAAAAGGAAAACCAAGGAAAAGAAAACCACUGCUAAUGGCCACGUUACUAGCGGGGAAGUAAAAUCUGACAAAUCUCCAUCAAAGGAGUCUAAAAAGUCUCCACAAAAGGAACCAGCCGAGUCGAAAAAAGAAAAGAAACAAGACAAGCAAAAUGAAAAACCCAAAAAGCAAGAAAACAAACCGAGAAACGAUGAAAUCAAAAACAACAAAAACAAAGUAUCAGAAAAACCGAAGGACUUCGAUGACGGCAACUGGGAAACCGUUCCUCUAAAGUCGGACAAAAAGAAGAAGGAACAGUCUCCAGUCAAAAAGGACAAAAAACCGCCUUCCAAGAAAGAAAGAGAAUCCAAAGUUGAGAAAGCAGAAAUAGAAAAGCUGGUCAAAGAAGUCGUCAACAAAGAACUGCGUGAAAAGAAGGAAAAAGAGAAGCAAAUUAUUGCUGAAAAGGUGAAGGAAGAAAAAGUAAAGGAAGAAAAAGUAAAGGAAGAAAAGGUAAAGGAAGAAAAAGUAAUGGAAGAAACAGCAAAGGAAGAAACUAUCAAAAUCGAACAAGUAGAAGAAAAGAAAGACAAAAAGAAGAAGGAGAAGAAACCCAAGAAGGAAGAGAAACCUGUAGAUGAACCAGUUAAGGAAGAAGAGCCAAAAAAGGAGGUUAUAAAAGAAGUCCCUCCUCCUAAGGAAGAGAAAAUCGAGGAAGUUGUCAAGAACGUUCCUCAAACUACUGCACCGGCCUUUGACGAGUUGGGAGAUAUUUGGACGGAGUCGAAGGCAACUAAGAAAACCACCAAGAAAAAGGCUCGCAGAGACAACUAAAAAACUCAUCUGAGACUUAAAAAAAAUAGAAGCAACCUAUAUUUCACUCUGUACACCAGAACGUAGGUGUCCAGGUAAAAAGUGAUUAUAAAUCCCAGAGCGUGUACUAAGAGACCAUGAUCUCAAUACCCAAACUAAAAUGAAAGACUUAACUGUCGAUCUCCCCGUCAUUACUAAUAAUACUAAGUCGCAUAUGGUAGCAUUCUUGGAGUAUGUGAAGUUUGAAAUAGCACAAACAUUUUUGAUAAAUUUUCGUAUCAACAAUUUUUUUUAUAAAAACUAUUACGAAAAUAAAAUAUUUUUUAAAAAUAUAUUUACGCUAAUAGGAUUGCUACCAUAUGUAACUUGUUACGGAACUAAUUUUAUCUGGAGACACGUUUUCAUAACCUCUUCCAGCAUUGGAAAAUCCGAUUUUUAUUUAUUUAUUGUGAUAAUUUGACUCUUAGAGUGUUGCCAAGUAAUAACAUCAUCCGAGGGUUGCUGUGACUGAUUUUACCAUUUCUCUUUUGACCAGUCGCUUUUUGACAGCUAGCAACUUUGCUGGACGACAUGUACUAAGCUUGCUAUGAUAGUUCCAAUGGCAGUUGAUCUAUUUAUCCUUACUAAACAAUAUAUUGAUACCUAUUGUGCUUGCUAAACAAUAUUUUGGUAUCAGACUAUUCCAUUUGUUGCUAAGCAACUGGUAGAGAAUUUAUAUUCUUAUUUAGUAAAAAAGUGACAUUAUCAAUGUAGCCGGGCAACCUAUUGGUACUCAUCUUUCUGUGAUAUUUUCCUACAUUUGUUGCUAAGCAAUUAUCACCAUUAUUAAGCAACAAUAGGUUGGUGGACUGUUUUAUUUGCUUUUAGCAAAGAGCUAACCAAGUUUUUUGUUCUUAUUAUUAUCAUGUUGUUUCAGCAAACUUUCGCAAUCUUGCUAAGUUGUUGCUAAGUAAAAUAAAAUCGGAACAAAGCUUGUACUAGAUCAUUAAUUUUUCUAUUGCAAUUCAGAACAUAAUAUCAUUGAAGUGUGACUAGUCAAGGUAUCAAUUAUCAUGACACUUUCCAGUAGAACUAUGUAAAUAUUCUCCACAUUGUUUUUUUUGCUAAGUAAGCAGUAGUCCAUUUGUAUUCCUGCUAAGCAAUAUUUUAACAGUUAACUCAUUUAUUUUGACAUUACAAUUGAUACAAAUUGUUGCUAUUCUGUCUGUGCCUAACAACUUGUUGACCAAUUUUCUCAUUAAACAAUAGUUUGAUAGCUAUGAUACUUUUAAGCAACACAUUUCUUCCUUUUAUUAAUUUUUGGAACGUUGCUAGACAAAAAGAAAUCAGAGAAGGAGAGAAGCUUGUGUGGCAUUGUUAAUUUAUUGCCCAGUUCUACGAUUUUUGAAUGAUUGCUAGUCAACAUAUUUAAUGGUUUGAUUAUUGCUGCAUAGCAACUUUCUCACUAAACUAAAUUGGUAGCUAUCAUGUUUUUUAAUAAUUGAUUUGCCUUCUUUUAUUGAUUUUUGGAAUGUUGCUAGACAAAAUUAAAUUGCUAACUAGGCAUUAUAAAAUCAAUAGAAAGGAACUUGUAUUACAUCCUUAAUUUCUCAAUCAGUGUAAUGAGCAUAUUUUUGAAUGAUUGCUAGUUAACAUUUAUGUUUAAAUCGUUUUAUUGUUUCUGCAUGGCAACUUUAUCACUAAACAAUAUAUUGACAGCUAUCAUGGUUUUUAACCAACGCAUUGCUGCCUUUUAAAAAUUUUUGGAAUGUUGCUAGUCACUAUUAAGUUGCUGACUAGGCAUUAUUGCUAAGCAAAAUGAAAAUCAAUAGAAAGGAACUUGUAUUGCUUCGUUAACUUCUUGAUCAGGGCAAUGAGCAUAUUUUUGAUUGACUGCUAGUCAACAUAUCAGUUUAAAUUGUUUGAUUGUUUCUGCAUAGCAACUUUCUUACUAAACAAUAUAUUGACAGCUAUCAUGGCUUUUAGUCAAUGUAUUCUUGCCUUUUAUUGAGUUUUGAAAGGUUGCUAGUCAAAAUUAGGUUGUAAACUUUUUAAUAUUGCUAAACAAAAUGAAUUCAAUAGAAAGUAACUUGUAUUACACCUUUAAUUUCUCGAUCAAUGCAAUGAAUAUAUUUUUGAAUGAUCUUUAGUCAACAUAUCAGUUUAAAUCGUUUGAUUAUUGCUGGGCAACGUAAAUUCGGUUGAUUUUAAACGUUCUCCUUUAAAAUUACGUCCGCUUUAAGCAAACAAAUGGGGGUCAUCACUGUUUAAGAGAGACGUUAAGUUUCAGAUGUAUUUUUUUAAUUUUAAGUGUAAGUUAACUUUUAGAAAAUUUAGGCUAUCAUAUGACAUGGAAAUGUUUAAAGAGCUUAAAUGUAUCGGCGGGGGUUACCGAAAAAAAAUCGUCUUAGUGAAUGCGUUUUGUAGUCAGUAUGCCGAAUGAAUGGUGUUUUUUCCAAUUUUUUUUCGGUAAAUUUCGUCGAAAAUAAAAUAUAUUAGGUGCAGCGGCGAAAGCAACGGGUGAAUAUCAAAUUUUUUAAAUUUUUUUAACUUGUAUUUGGCUAGUGUGUCAUAUUUUUGGAGCAUUCCAUGGUGAAAAACCAAACAAACUUAGGUUAAGUUUUUAAAAAUAGUAGCGUAGAUUGUGUGCCAAAACAAAAAUACAAAAAAAAAUAAAAAACGUUAAAUGGUAUCGUCCCUCACAAAAAAUUACGGUUUUGUUAAUUUUCUAUUUUUGAAAAUUUGAAAUUUUUGCUUUUUGAUUUUCUCGUGUCUUGUGAUCUCAAAUAAUUAUGAACUGUCAGGGGCGUUAUUCUUGAAAGGUAAUAUCUCCUUCCUAUUAUUUUUUCUAUCUUGACACUUUCUCAUCCAAUGCUGCUAUCUUAUUUUUUACUAUAACUUCCUCUGAUUUAGACUUUUCCAUAUUUUCUGAUGAAGCAACAGGCACAUCUCGAGGCAGCAUAACAUGACAACUGCAAAUGCUGCAGUCAUUGCAUUAUCCUUUUUUUAAAAGUCAAUAGUAUACAUAAGAAGCAGAAUUGGACUCAAUGCGCGACCUCGUGGUACACCAGACUUGAUCGUUUCUUCCUUAUCAUCUAUUAGAAUUAUGUGUCUGUCCUGGGAGAGAUUGAGACCUUUGAAUUGACUUUUGGAUACAAAACCUUCGAAGGUUAACAAAUUGAGGUUACUGCCCAAUUGUGGUUUUUGGUAACACGUCAUCAAGAAUGAAGCUUCUAAUUUUAAAUUAGCUUUGAAUAAUUAUUGUUUUCUGGAAAGUCAAUAGCAUACAUGAGAAGCAGAAUUGGACCGCACACGUAGCCUUGUGGUACACCAGACUUGAUUGCCUGCUCCUUCUCACUAAUUAGGACCUUGUGUUUAUUUUGAAUUAAUUCAUAGAAGAGGUUAUUCACUCUUCUUUGCCCAAUUGUGAUUUUUGUUAACACAUUAUCAAGAAUGAAGCCCCUGGCUUUAAAUCAUCUUUAAAUAUUAUUCAAAUGAUUAUGUAAGUUUUGAGGGGGGAGAUACCUGCCGUACUAAAAAAAUCGACUUGUAUAAUAAAUCUAUUCAAUGAAAAUAUAUGGCCUUAUAGUUGGCAUAUUAGCGAACCAUAUUUUUAAGAAUAUAUUUUUGCGAUAAAUGGAUGUACUCGAUAAAGGCGUUAUAAAUAGUAAGUUGUAUGUCUUCCAGUUGAGUUUGUUGUUUUUUUUUUAAUUUUGUUUGUUUUUUAAUGGUUUUUGGAGAUGAUUGUCCGUUUUUUAAACUGUAUACUAAUUUAUCAUUAAAAUUGUCAUUUAACCUACAUUCUGCUCAACAUCAACAUUCUAAAACUGUAAAUAGUACCCCCAAAUAUAUCUUUGGUUUGUAAAAAACUAAAACAUGCCUUCAGAUUGGUCCACAUACGCUCUUAGUAAACACGAUUUCACAUCUUCAAUGAUCAUAUUAUUGUUAAUUGAAAAAUAGGAAAAACUAACUUUUAAUGCAUAAGAAGUGUGGUUUAGUACUAUAAAAUCGUUCAUUGCUUUUCUUUCACAAUUUUAACAUUAUUGCCUUCAAUAUAUUUCCCGAUACAAUCCCUACACUGCUUCAAUACAAAUUUUCCAUUGUCUUUAAUCAUUUUUCGAAAGUAUAUUUAAUAAUCUCCCCCGUUUUUUCUUUGACAACUCUACUGUCUCAAAUCUCAUUAAUUGAGUAAUAAAAAAAGCCACGAGAUUCGGUGGAUGCAGGGAACUAAAUACUUGACCAAAAACCUCUUGACAGAUAUUGUGAGCUGCAGGGUUCUCCCUUCGAGCAUGCUCGAAGGGUUCUCCUGAUGAAAAAACCAUGACUUCGUUAACAUUCUCUUUUUCGAUUUCUACGGUUUCAGCAGCCUAAAUACUUAACUGAGUGAAUCGUCUGAAAUUAAUUUUCGUCCUUCGUAAAUUACUCAAAAACCUGAAUGCCGUGAUAACCCAUCUUCAUGUCCUGUUUUCAUUAAAGCAUAUGUUUCUAUGGUGGAUUUUCCAAGAUUCACGAAGAAUUUAACAUUGAUCUGUGCUCUCCUUAAACACAUGAACACGGCUGAAUUAAGAAGAGUGCAACCUUUAUGGUGAUAUCAAUAGAGACCUUGACGCCUUACCGUCUGUCUGUAGAACGAUUAGUACGGUUUUUCUAGCCACAUUUCGUAUAUAGCAACGAAAGUAGUCGCUUUUCUGAAUAACUUUCUUCUACUUGUUUUUCAAUUAGAUUUUCGAAAGAUAAAUGCGAAUAUGGCGCAUAAAACUUCAUAAUCAAUUAAUAUGUAAGUAUUAUUCAAGUUCAAAUAAAAUGUUAAAGAGUGUUGCAGAAGUAUGUGGUCUUUAAUUUUUAGAAACCAUUCUACUAAAAAAAGAUUGACAGUUAUCUCCGAUGUUUUUAAUCCUUACUGUUUGGUCCAAGACUGACAAUUUUAUUCAGCAUUAAGCAAUUUCCUAUUACUUUUGAUUACAAAAAAAUAUCUAUUAUAUCUUUAGUAUUCGAAAAAUAACGCUUGAUACUGUUCGUUUUUAAAUGGUAAUGUCUUGUAGUUAAUAAAUAUAUUUUUUUAAAUAAUAAGAGAUUCAGUAACCCAACUAAUGCGAUAUGUUGUUCAAAAUGUCCAAGAAUUUUAUUGUAAAGGCACAUUAUAAACCCCUGCAGUAAUUACUCCGGUUUUUAAAAGAAAAGUACAAAGGGACUAAAUGCAAUUUAAAAAAUAACCUUGGUACAAUGCUUAAAGUCUGAGUCUACAUACAUAAGAAAAACUUCUCAGCGCUAGGUUUAAUUUACCUACAAACUACGUCUCAGUAUAUCCACCAGAAUGAAAGUUUAUUGUCAUUACAAGCGACAGGGCUAGUUUGGGUUUUUUCUGUUAUAUCCUUCUGUCUGUCUUAUAUCCUUCUGGAUUUUCAUUCUUUGAAUUGGGUCCCGUUAUCUUCCUGAACCCAUUACUUCCAUUCUGUUCGUGAGUAGUAUAAGUUUUCCCCUAAUCAAUCAAUUUUCUUCCUCGUUUCCUUUUUCUUGAUUUACCUUUUUUCCUUACUUUACAGGAUAAAACCUUACUCACGUUGUUGUAUUCAUCACCCAUAGGACUUGCAUGGUCUUACAUGCCGCGAAUUCGUAGUUAAAAUCAAGAAACGGCUAGUACUGGUUCUAUUAGUCAUCUCUAAUAGGUUUGUUUCAACGAAUGGCUUCUGUACCGUCCUCUGAACGAUCACAAAGAUUUGUUUUGGUUCGAAUCCUAAACGUCGAUUCCAGUUCUCAAAUACAAAUCAUUAAUUCAUUUUUUAACAAGGUUUGAACUGCUCCAGUGUAAUUCACUGAUUCUGAACUAGUUCGUGAAAAAAACAAGAGAAAUCAAAAACUAUUUGGACAAACUUUUAAUGCGCAGGUGCUGAUUUCAUUGGCCUAUACAAAAUUGUUCACGAGUUGAAACUAAUAAGGAACAAGAACUAGACAAAUUUUUCGUGUUUGGUUAGAUAGAACUGUCGCUUUGGCUGCCACAUUAGAAAGAGCGAGGAGCUCACUUAAUUGAGUGGGGAUGAUGUUGAAAAGCACACACUUUAUGAAUAAACCAGCACUUAUGACUAUGACGCUUGCUUUACACUGUUGUCAUACUGCAAAAUAAUUGGAGUAAUUUCCUGGAAAUCAACUUCAACUACAAUAGUUGUAAUCAGAAAACACAUUAAACUAAUAAUAAAUGGCAUUUGGAAUACAAAUAUACUUCCUUAAUGUAAUUUUUUAAAACUUUCGUGCGUUUUAGAGGCUGUCCAGUAAUCUGUCAACUAUGUUGGAUAACAACGUGACUGCUUGCAAUUUGCCUUUUAUAAACAAGAUUGGUUAUUAAUCAUUGGUUGGAAUGCUUAUUCAAUUGUUAAUUGUAUUGUGUACCUAAUGUUUUCAAUUGUUAUUGAAUGUUUUAUUUUUGUUGACCCGACUUUAGUUCGACACUUGACACAAUGAGUGCUUUCUUUUGUCAUCUGGAUUCCUUUCCACUGACUGUUUUAAAGGUGCUUAUUGAUUUAGAGCAACUACCACAUGUUUUCAAGCUCUCACUCGAUAGCUGUUGCACAAGUGCUCUUGUCUUGUCAAUUGUAGACCGUUAUCAGUCCUUAUUUUUUGACGUCGGGUUUCAUACACCAAGAACAUUGAACCCUUAACAAGAAAGUUCUAAUAAUUAACAAAAAUCAGCUGUCAGUCGGUGAAUACUCAAAUGCGCAUGGUAGUCCAAGCAGUUCUUGCUUUUAAUCAUGUACUGAAAUAAUCGUACAUAAACCAAUUCAUAAACAGUCUGAAAUUAGUUGGAACGUCUCUAAACUACAGCGCAAGACUAAGAAAGUGCAAUGUAUAGUUUUCUUCUCUGAUUGGGUAAACUUAUAAUUCAGCGGUGUCAAAAGAUCUGCUCUUCAUCACAUUCAUUGCAUAGUAUCCAAUCUCGUUCUUGACGGCCUCUUUAAGAUGCUUCUCUUCUGUUCUAAAAUGAUUUUCUCAUACGCCAGGAGAUGAUAUUUCUUGCCAUGUUUCUUGCCACUAAAAUGUUCUGGAUUCGAGCCUCCAUCGUCAAAAAUCUGUUUUAACCAUUUGGUGAGUUCUAUGAGUAAUUUACUUUACUUCUAUUAAGUCUUUCAUUGCUGAUUGACACCAGUUAUGUGCCUACUUUCCUGUUACCUACUUGUUGCUAUUAGAAAUGCCAGUACAAAGUUAGUGCACGUAGAUAAACUAAGUAGAACAAUAACGAUAUCAUCAUAACUAAAAAAAUUGCGAUUGAUCUCACUAUAUCCUUAGUAUUGUCAAGUAAUUUCGCUGCAAAAUUGAUUUUUUAUUUGAAUUACCCAAUGUUUUGGAGUGGAGUAGAAUGCCAAUGUGUAUGUUGUGUCAAUAAGAGUAGGUGGGACUCUAUGGGCGCAGCCAUGUUUAUUAGUCUUCUCACUCGGGAGCAUUUAUAAUAACUAUUUUCUGUUUCACACAAUUUUUGUCUUGUUCACAAUCUGGUGGAUCAGGAUUGUUUAGAGAGAAAUAAAAAAUGGUUAUUAUUAUUAUUACUUCUGAGUAAUAUUGACAAGCAUUCUUCCCCACUAAACUUCAUUAGGAUUGCCUCAUUUUUAACGUACCAUAGAUGAAUUCAGAGAGUCAGGGACAGGAGCGGAGUUUUUUUAGGGUGCUUUUAACUGACAUUUAAGCGUGUUGGACUGUUACUAAUCGGGAUAAGCUGACCGCUAGAAGGGUCGUUUAGAGUUAAGAGUUAAUGGAGCGAAUAGAACUUGGCUAUCCGAACUUACUUCGUCGGCGCAUUUUUAAUUUCAUCUGUCGUAUUAAGUUGGUACAUUAAUUUGCGCGGGAAAUUCAAAUUCUAGGAAAUUUUGAACAACAGUUACAAAACUUAUUAUCAAAAUCGUUUUUUCAUUUACAAUGAUUUUUAAACGAAGAAGAAAAAAAGCCUAUAUUUUCGUGCUUGCUCAAUGCAAUGAUUGUACAGGGCGAGUCGCUGAUAGAAAAUUCUUCCUUAAUUCUGCAUAUUAUGCGGUAUUGUAAUUGUGUAUUAAACCAUGCUGUCGGCAACUCGCCUUUUAUAAAAAAAUAAUGAGAUCAUCAAAAUAUUUUUGAAUGAUUCCAUCAACUGAAAAAAUGGGAAAAACCGCAACCAUCAGAUAGAUGUACUGUUUUAUUUUUGACCUGCGAAUUUUUCCCGUUUUUGAAGACCAACUACGUAUAGCUAUUGAUAGUUCUAGUUUAAAUGACACCCUGUACAUUGUAUAUUGUAAAUAGUCCUUGUGAUUGGUUUUGAUAUUUGUAUUUUACAUGAAAUAAUAUAAAUGUUCUGUUGUGUUUAUUAAAUGUUUUAUUAGAAAGAAAAACUACAGGGUGUAGUUUUCUUAAAAAGAAUUUUUUUGUAUAAUUGAUGUAAAAGCUACCUGUUUUCUAUUUAUUAUUUUUUUAGUUAAUUUUUUUUGACAAGUGUUUUUUAAGUCGUUUUAGUAUCAAUUUUUUUGUGUUGAUGAAAAAUUAAAAUUAGUUCUUAAGUAGUCUAAUUAAUAUAUUUUUAAGCAUUAAAAUGUUGUAAAGGUUUUUUUGUAUGUUUAGUCAGUGGAAUGUUAUCUUUUGGG